UCGCGUUGUCGAUCGUCGUGCGAUUCCGCGGGCGAGAUGCGUAGAUUUCAUAUCGCGGGCCAAAGGGGAGGGCUUUUUUUUUUCUUCGGUCAGUUCACGUCCGAACGCCGUACAGUCAGGAUUGCCGUGCGAGCGUCUCAGGUGGAGUGGUUGCAGAUUUUUGUUUGUUUGUUUUUUGUUUCUCACCCACUUUCGGAACAAUUAAAACUGUCCCGCGGUCCCGUGUGCCUCAUUAUGAUGGCGCUGAAGGGUUCAGGGUUGAUGGUGCUGCUGGGGUGGGCUUUAGCCGUGCGGUGUGUGCAUUCCGUGCGCGUCUCUCGUGAUGCAAUCGAAAGUGUGCCGGACGGUAGCAGCAGCAGCAGCAGCAGCGGCAGCAUAUCGUCAGCGCGCGGUGCCGACGACGAGACCGAUGAUAAUGACCCGCGGUGCACGAACGUUGACAUACGGAACGAUCUGCGCCGGCUUUCGGAGAUCGAAAAUUGCACCGUGAUCAGUGGGUUCUUUCAAAUGGUUCUGCUCGAUCGUGUCCCGGCCGAGGAGUUCGAAAAGUAUCGAUUCCCCAAGCUAAGAGAGGUGACCGGAUACAUGCUGUUCUUUCGCGUCAUCAACCUUACCACGCUGCGCCGACUGUUUCCCCAGCUGGCGGUCAUCCGGGGCCAACAGUUGAUCGGCAACUAUGCGCUGGUGUUUUACUAUAUGGAAAACAUGAUCGAGGUUGGCCUGAAAAGCUUGAUCGCGAUCCAGCGUGGGUUCGUGUACACUCUUCACUGCCCUCAGCUUUGCCAUCUUGAUACGAUCGAUUGGGCAGCAAUCAGCGGGCUGGACAAUAACACGAAGAACCUUAACUCGUUCGAACCACCGAAGUCGGUGUGCAACAAGUCGGAGGUGUGCCGUUCCUGCGAGCCAAAGUUUUGCUGGGGCAGCGAAAGCUGCCAAAAGUUCUACAAGGGAUACAAUUUUAAUCGUCGAAUUAAAUGUCACCCACAGUGUAUCGGAGGCUGCAAGGGUACGGCCGCAACGGAAUGUAACGUUUGUCGCGGGCUAAAGGAGGGCCGGCAGUGUGUGGAGCAAUGUUCUGCCGAUAAACUAAUGUACCGGCAGACGAAGCGUUGCAUCACGAAGGAAACCUGCCUCAACCGCGGAGGACUGCUCUUCCUGAACGAGUGUGUGCUCGAGUGUCCCGCCGGCUACAGCGCCACCAACGUCGACCAAGAGGAGGCCGACUUUUCCAUCCACAAGUGCUAUCCCUGCCGGCACCGUUGCCCGAAAGUGUGCGACGGUACGGAAAUUAUGUACCUUUCCGAUGCGGACCGUAUGCGCGGUUGUACGAUCGUGAACGGUACGCUGCACAUCCGGCUGAAGGAAGAUCAUCCCAAUCUGCUGGAAGAGCUACGCAACGGGCUGGGCGAUAUAGAGGAGAUAAUGGGCAUCCUGAAGGUGUUCCGGUCGAACUACAUCUCGUCGCUCGAGUUUCUCGCCAGUCUGGAAAUCAUUCACGGCCAGUACGGGAACGAAAAUUCCAACUUCUCGCUGAUGGUGUACGAAAACAGCAACCUGCAGCGGCUGUGGAACUUUGAGCAGAAAACCUCGCUCCGGCUGAUGACGCGCAGCAUGUACUUCCGCAACAACGAGCUGCUGUGCAAUGCGCACAUUAAGCUGCUGCAGAAGGUGGCCGAGUACGACAAUGCGAGCGAUACGAUCGACUGGAACUCGAACGGGUACAUGCAGGCGUGCCACGUGCAACCGUUUCACGCCCGGUACGAGGUUGUGUCGAGCCGGGUCGUGACGGUGUUCUGGUCGAAGCACAGCUUCAAAACGCACCACCGGCUGCAGGGCUACCUGCUCUACUACAUCCGCACGAACGUGGACAAGUCGCCGUACGAGGGGCGGGAUCUGUGCUCCAAGUUCGGUUGGAAGUCGCGGUACGUCGCGCUCGAGAACGUGCACAUCGUGGGCAGCUUUUACGCGCACAAUCUGACCCGGCUGAAGCCGUACACCCGGUACGCGUUCUACGUGAAGGCGUACUACAACGAAUCGUUCAACAGUGCGACGGACCUGGUCGGGCUGUCCGACAUGCAGUACUUCCGGACGGCCAAGGAUCGACCGAUCUCGCCGCUGCACAUGCGCACCGCACGCAAGAACGACAGCACGAUCACGCUCACCUGGCGCAUCCUGCCGUCCGAGCAGGCGAUGGUGCAGCAGUACCACGUGGACGUGUUCAUCCAGCCGGACGAGCAGCGCAAGUUCGACCAGCGGAACUACUGCACCGAUCCGCAUCAGCAACCGCGCCCGGCCCACCACGACCAGUGGCAGUGGCAGUGGCCGGCGGCGGCGGCGGACGUUUGCUCGGAAGAAUCGUGCUGCGGCCAGCUGCAGUACGAGCAGGAGCUGGAAGAGGAGGAGGACGAGGACGAGGACGAGGAUGAGCUGACCGAGCCGGACGAUUUCUUUAGCGAGCAAAACUCGAUGGAAAACGGUGGCCGUAUUGGGGGCCGGCGCCGAAGGAAACGUUCCGUGGACGCUUCCAUCAGCUUCGAGCUGAGCAUGCUAAAGCUGCUGAAGGAGGCCGACACGGAGGUGGAUCAUUACGAGCGCCGGAUGCGCCGUGAUGCGGACGGCGGCGAGGUCGAGCUGGUGAAUCGCGUUUCCUACCAAGACUUUACGACGGACAACUACGAGCACACGGUGGCCGGGCUGCGGCCCUUCACCCGGUACGUGUUUCAGCUGUUUGCGUGCAGCGAAAACGUGACCAGCUCCUGCAGCUCGUACAGUCUGUACACGGACCGUACCAACCCGUCGCCGCACGUCGAUCGGGUUCGGGUGACCAUGGAGACGGAUGCUGCUACCAAUGCUUCGACCGUCGUCCGGAUGACUCACGCCGAUCGGAUCGUGCUACACAUUCCCGAACCGACCGAAGUGAACGGGCUGCCGGUGGCUUACCGCGUGGAAGUGCAGGCCAUCAACGGCACUGACCUCAAACGACGGUCGGAAUGCUUUACCAGGCUGCAGCACGAACUGCACCACUACCGGCACACGGUUACGAACGUUCGGCCAGGGGAGUAUUUGGUACGGGCGCAGGUUAUCUCACUGGCAGGAGCGGGCCCAUUCUCCGAGUGGAUGUUUGUGCGUGUGCUGGAACCGCUGGUAGAAUCCAGCCACACGCACGGGCACACCGGACUGCGGGAUGGGUUGAUUGCGCUCGCUGUACUGCUGGUGAUUGGGAUCGGGCUGGGGUUGGCUUACUUGCGCCGGGAGCGUUUCUGGUGGUGCCGUCGUCGUUCUCGUUGGGGUGGUUCGAAACGGGAUGACAAGAUUCCGCUCGCCAUCAACGACGGCAAUCAGAUCAAUCUGGACGAUGGGUUUGUUAACUGCCCGCUGAAGUAACGUGUGGCGGUGUGGAUGCUUUCGCUUUUAGUGCUAGGAGAGAAGGUUUUACAGGAACGGUUCCAUGACAAAUGCUCGCUCGAAUUGUGUGCCAUUUCAUGUGCCGGAUGUGGCGGAGGAGCCUGUUUAAGGAGGCGUUUGGACAUCAUUUGACCAUUAUAUAGUUCAUAGCCAUUAGGCAUAAGUAAUGGAAGGAAGGGCGGCGCCCCGGCCCGGUAGAUCACGUCAGGACCUCGGGGCUCAAAUCCCAUCUGGAACGUUCCUCCGAAGUGAGAACUGGCUAUCCAGCAACGUGGUAUCAAUAAGGUCAAGAUGAAAGAGCUUUAAAACUGGACUCUCUCGCUAAAGUCCGAAGCUUCAGAAAACAGAAAGACAUCUUGGAGGAUUACAGGGGAAAGCAUCACAAAACUGAACCAACUGAGAGCUAGGGUCAGACCAAAAAACCACCAACGGUUGAGGAAGUUACCGAUCACGAGUCAGUUUUUUUUAAGUCAGCCAAGAGAGCCAUUCAAAAUGACAUGAAAACACAUCCUCGCACCAAUAGCUACGGCGUCGCUAACUCAAAACCUUGCCAGAUUCCUUCCAAUUUUAAUCAGGGGUUUUGCCAGUGUUUCGCCUGUAAUGUGUGUUGGGUCAAGUAGCUCUUUUUAAAGAGGAGAGGGCAACUCUGCUCACUAACAUGUGAGAGAGGUGAGGCCUCCCGGUAGCUCCACACUAACUGAGGCUGAGGAGGUCGGAGAGCGCGCUCAGAGCCCGCAUUUUAUUAAGGCGAGGCCUUCCGGUAGCUCUCGAGCCCACACACCCAACACAAUCAGUACGCCAUUUUAGUGCAUUUAUUCUGUAGGGUAAGGAUUAAGAUAUUCCUGUGCUAGAAUUAAGACAAGCUCAAUAUUAGGCACUUUGGAGCGAGAUUUGAGGUGGGAAAGAAAUCACCGGAAAAGACGAACAAGACGAACUAGAAUUGUUUGACUUUUCUGCUUGAGGUAAUUGUUGGCCAGAAGGAUAUUUUACGCUUAUUGGACAUUUUAACAUGAUUUUAUCCUUUUUCAUCCUCAGCAUGUCAUACCGCUAUAUGAAGGCUAUUCCAUCACACACCAUUCAUGCAGCAUUUGUAGUGCAUUUUGUUUGUUUCUCUAUUCAAUAAAAUGUUCCUUCAUCUUCGA